GUCGUCCGAUAAUCGCUAUUUUGUCGUCGAAUUGGAAAAAUCAUGAAUGCAAAAAUGCUGGGCCUGCCUGGAAAAUCUGAUGAUGAUGUGUGCAAGGUCGUCAUGGCGGGUUUUGCAUAUGAAAUGUCCGAAUGAGACUGGUCGUCAUUUGAUGAUGGUGGGAAAACAGGAAGGGAGACAAUGACGAUGAUUGACGGGGUGUGACUGAGCGGAUGAAUAAGGCGUCCCUCCCCCCUCAUAACUGGGAGGAGGGUGAAGGGAAAAGGGGAGAGAUCGUGAAAAAUGAGGGUGGUGGUUGUGGUUUAAAUAAAUCGCCAUCGCAAGAGACGUUGUGUGUCGCAGCGAGUCAAAUCCUCAGCCCAUUUUCCACACUCGGAGGUUUCACUCAUCCGCUCCUCCCCCAGAACUCACAACGCUCGGUGCAUUUUACAUGAUCUGAUGAGCAACAUCCCGAAACAUUCCACCGCCAAACUCACAAUAGAAUCAUUCGAUUUAUCCUACCCCCCACCUUUCAAUCAUGGCAUCGCCAUCAAACAAAAAAGAACCCGUCCUCGUCCAGUGGAUCCUAGACACCCGCCCCUGGUACCCCGAAGCCACCCAAACCAAACAACUCGAGACUCAUGCCUCCCGAGCAUUAUCCCUCCUCCCAGAGUCAGAACGCGCCUCGGUCCUCCGCUACUUCCACGUCCGCGACGCCAAAAUGUCCCUCGCCUCCCACCUCCUCAAGCACUACGCCAUCACCAAGCUCACCCCCACCCCCUGGUCCGCCACAACCAUAACCCGCAACUCCAAAACAAAACCCGUCUACCUCGACCCCUCCACCGGCCAAGAGCCCGUCUCCUUCAACGUGACCCACCAAGCCGGCCUCGUCGCACUCGUCGCCGUGGCCAACUAUCACUCGGGACAAGCAGACACAGGCGUAGACGUAGUCUGCACCUCUGAACGCCGCGACCGCGACCACAAGCUGAUCCUCACCGACCCCGCCGGCUGGCCCGGCUUCGUGGACAUGCACGCCGACGUCUUCGGCCCGGGCGAGGUCACCUACCUCAAGUACCGUGUCCUCUCCGCCGUGCCAGGUUUGGUAUCCGGUUCUAAGCCAGAGGACCUCAUCGACGGGAAGCUCCGCGCGUUUUAUGCGCUCUGGGCGUUGAGGGAGGCUUACAUCAAGCUCACGGGCGAGGCUCUCCUGGCCGAGUGGCUGCGGGAGCUGGAGUUUGUCACUUUCCGCCCUCCAAGACCAACAGAGGCGUGGGAGGUCCCCGCUAGGGAGGAUGAUGAUGAUGAUGUCGACAUAGAUACCGCGCAAGUGAUCAGGAAGUUUGAUAUCAGGUUCUGGGGGGAAAAGGUUGAGGAUGUGAAAAUGUGUUUGAGGUCUAUUGGGCCGGAUUACAUGAUUGCCACUGCCGUGAGGACGCCUGAUCGCAAAGAGGAUGCCCUGGGGUGGGAGCUGGGCCCGUAUGAGUUCCUGGAAUUGGACGAACUGCUUGAUUUUGCAGAGGCGAAUAGGUAGUGUCGCGUGAAUGAAGGA